AACAAACAGUCCUCAGUUUGCCGUCGUCGUUGCCGUUGUCCGCAUCAUCAUCCGCAGCCGUCGUCCUGAACUCGGUGUGUCGUUCGUCGUGUUUGUCUGUGACACGGACUGUUGGAUGGGAUUUUUCAUUUUUUCUUAUGAUGGGUUGGUGAAGGAAAACGGACUUGAAGGUUGUUUGAAUCUUGUAAGGACCUUGACCAGAAAAUGUGAUCUUUCGGAAUGUCCGUUGAUUUGAAUUUGUGGCCUCGAGAAAUGGGAGAAGAACAUCUUUGAAAAACAGUUACUGUGCGAUGGGUUCGGAAUGAUUUGAAAAUAUGCCGUUCCAGGAAGGUUUCGUUUCAUCUCUCAAGGAUUAGCAAGGGUCCAGUCGGUGUUUACUGAAGAUUGAUCAUGGCCGAUUACAUCCACAAAAAGAAGCAAUGAACGCAGUUGGAGUGUACCGAGCGGCGGAUAGUCGACGUUGCAGUUAGAACUUCUGGCAUAUGAUGUUUUCGAGGAAAAUCAUGUGUCGUAUGCGGUGAAAAGACUGAGAGUGCAUCAUUAGAAGGAUAAGCCAUUAUUCAAGUGCAACCAGUUGUAGUGCGAUUAUCCUGGCUUUGAAAAGCGGUAGGAAAAGUGUGUCGUCCCAGCAGUGUGCGAAUGGAUACCACCUUCCAGUUUCUUGUUGUUGCUGCCUGCCGUCGCGGUGGGUGGGAUGGAACCGUGAUGCAGCAGCAGUACGAACGGUGCGCGGAGUGAAAAGUGAUUAAAGGUUCACUUGAAAGUUUUCGGUGCUUUUUGAAGUUUCAUCGAGGAGGGAUUUUUUUUAUCGGUGAGUGCUCCCGUUGAAUAUAUUUUCGGAUGGCUCGAGGUGAUGCCCCGACGAUUUGUUAUUAUUGUGUUGAAAAGGCGACCAGUUGUAGGGCUUGUGCUGUGGCCGACGGAACUUGUCAAAAGUCGAAACAAGAUUGAAAGUGUGCGAGAAAUGGCAAUUCCUGGAAGAACGUGAAAAGCACAACACCCUGCAGCCGUUCCUCCUGAAGUUGGUAAUAGCUUUUGAUUCCAAGAACUGGAUAUCUUUCGGGGCAACGAAGGCCGUCGUCGCCUUGGUCAUCGAUGGAACAUGGGGUGCGACAGAAAAACAGCGACGCGACGGUGACUGGGUGGGUGUGAAGUGAGAAUCGCUGCAAAGGAAGCCCACAAGAAGUGAAUAAUAAUGCGAUAAAUGAGUUAUGCUAAAAAUGUUAAUUAAUGCUACAUCAAAGUGAAAGUUAUAGUUGCCGGAAGCUGAUGGAGAUCCUACGCUGAAGACAUCAUCGUUUGGUUGGUCAAUCAAAUUCAGCAGACUGCACUGCAUAGUUAGGAUACUAGGAUUAAGACCACAUGAGGCUGGUCGCCAUCAGUGUGGAACCGCGAUGGGGAUAAACCGGCACACCACAAUUCGCGUUUUGCGCUGAUUUGAUUGAUGCAAAUGUUUUGCCUCAGUGGAGCGCAAUCGAACCGGAAGUGGGGGGAAUACUAAUCGGAUUUGAAGUGAGCAACCUGCAAAUGCAUGUGUACAUAUCGUAGGAAAAAUAGCGGCUUCGAACGAAAACAAUUAAAAUGCGAAUUGAUUUUCCGCCACUACUGGGGGAGGCUCGCAACGGGCCAGGCAAAUCCGUUUUUGGUGACGAUCGUGAGUGGCGGAAAUGAAACGAAAUCCAACUUUAUGACUUGAAUUCGACGCUGCUCUGCAUGCACGGAGGUUGGAGCCGGAAAUUGAUUUAGCGAAUGUAGGUAGUAGCUUUAAUUGCUACAGUGAGCGAGAAGAAGGGUGCGAAGAAGAAAAAAAGAGCGAGUGAGGAAUUGGAAUUAGAACCCAGACUGGAUUCGAAAAAGGGGAAAAAGCUGCUUUGAGGGUUGACCUGCCAAGAGCCAAUGCCGGUUGGAAAUGUCCCCUAUCACCAGCGAAGGAAGUACUCGCCCCAGAUUCCACCGGAUUACCAGUCACGAAUAUUGUUCGGUGAUUAUAUGCGAGAAAAUCGAACAUCGCGUGUGGGAGGAAGUAUCGCUGUGAGCGGAAGUGCAGGAUCACAGGCUCCAGUUUGCGUGGGGGGUGGUACCAGUGUAGGUAGUAGUGGUAGUGGAGCCUCUGUGUGCAGUGGGGAAGAACCGUACUCGAUAACGGGCAGUUCGGUAUCGUCGAUAGCUCAGGACACUUGUAAUAGCAACAUAACAUCGGUAGCAGUAGCGAGCAACACCGGCAGCAGUGGCAUUAGCAUCGGCCCCAACUGUAGCAGUGGCGGUGGCCAGUCGGGUUGUACCAUCGAGAGUACCGGUGUGAAUAGUGUCAAUAAUUUUGCCCCUAGUAAUAACGGUAAUAAUGGUAAUGGACCAACCUCACCGCUGACUGUGCAACAUCACCAGCAGCAGUUGGGUUCUGGAGUACAACAUCAACAGCAGCAAUACACGGUGCAUCGCAUUGUGCCACCAGGUGGCGCUGGUGGUGGUGGGGGAGGUAGUGUAGUGUCGGUUUCCAGCAGUGCUGUUGCUGUUAAUAAUAAUAUCAGUAAUAACAACGGUGGCGGUUUAGCUGCUGUCAUUGGAGGAUUAGCUGCUGGCGUAGGUGGACCACUGGCAACCUUCAGCUUAUCAGGUGCAUCAGCCAUCGUGAACAGGGCUAAUAACAAUGAUGCUGGCAGCACUAAUGACGAUUGCGACCACCAAAAUUCACCCGGCCCUGGUUCAAGUACAAACAGCUACACGAUAGGUGGUAGCAGCUUAGAUUUACAGUCCCAGCAGCAGGUUCUCCAGAAACAACAGCAAACAAGCCAACCGCAACAUCAGCCGCAGCAGCACCAGCAACUACAACUACAACAACAGCAGCUACAACAAUCAUCGAGUUUAUCAACUAGUAAUAGUCUAAUUAAUAACAACGGUAAUCAAAUUAGGGAUAGAGAUAGUACCAAUUACGUGAACGUGUCCUCGAUAUCGGCCCUCCACGCGUCCUCCAUUAGCAACAGCAGCAGCAACAACAACAACAUCGUCAACAAUAGCAGCACUAGUGCCCACAUCAACCAGAAUAGCAGUAGUUCCAGUAGUAGUACCAAUCACCACGUGAACCUAAUCGGCGCUUCUGUCACAGCAUCAGCUACAAUGACCACCUCGGCCGCGAUUUCGCCUCCUCGGCCGAUGCAGAAGGUGAUACCGACGGUAGUGUAUCUGAUGUCUCGCAUCGCUGUACAUAUGGAAAUAGAGGGUACCGCACAAUGCCCGGCUCAGGUGAUGCUGGCCGCGGCACUCGGCUGUGAAGAGUUAGGAAUAACCAAUAAGCUACUGGCGCAAAGUGUAUUCGGGCUGUGGAUGACCAGUCCGCUGCUGGAGGUCCAACUGAAGCCCCACCAUCGGCCGUACGCCGUUCGGGUGGCGUGGUCCAAACUGCUGGACAAGCACAGCCACGGGAACGAGCUGGAAAAGCUAUCGGACGAACCAAUGACCACUCUCAGGCGGAAUGUGUUCUUCUCGAAAAAGGACGAGGAAAAGAUCAAGGAUCCUCGGAUACUGGAGCUGUUGUACGAAGAGGCCCGACACAACGUUCUGCUGGGAAGAUACGUGAUGGAAUCGUCUCAUUCGAUAAUGCUAGGGGGAAUCCAGGCAAGGAUAGAGCUAGGGCCGUACAAUUCCCAUACGCAUUCCACUAGUUAUUUUAGAGAAAACCAAUUCCGCUUCCUGCCGGCGCAUGUGGCCAAAAGUUCCAGCUGGUCGUGGCUUCCAAUCAGUCGGCGAUCGUCGGCAGAAGUAAGACUGCUAGAGCAAUUCAAACGGGUACCAACGACGGCUACUACCAAGAAACUUAUGCGAAAGUAUUUGGAAUUCUGUUGGGCGUUACCAUUCUAUGGGGCUGCGUAUUUUCAUGGACAAGUGGAACAACCGGUUCGAGGGUUAACGAGCUUGAUGCAACAAAAGGAUCUCCCCGUGCUGAUAGCAGUGAACGAGCGGGGCAUCUUCGUGAUAGACCAGAUCGAAUGUACGUUACUGCUAGGACUCAAGUAUGAGGAACUUUCGUGGGACUACGCGAAACCGAGCAACGUGAACGAUCCGGAGUGUAUGCAGUGUAUAUUCCUGCAGUUCGCCGCAGUCGAGAACGGAAUUGCCGCCACCAAACUUAUGCAAAUCUUCACCCGCCAAGCUGCCAUGAUAGACGCCUUAAUAACCCACUUCACCGAUCAGGCCAAGCGGCGGAAAGAGAGCGGCGAGGGUGAGGUCCCCGCCGGAGAGAAUCCAUAUGAAGCGGAACCUAAUCCAAUCCAGAACAACGGCGUUGGAGUGCUGAGCAACAAGCUAUCGCGCCUGACUUUGGCCACAUUCGACGACGAAGGACGCUGCAUUGGCCAGAUGGGGUCGCUAUCAAUUAGUUAUUAACAUUUAAUUCUUGUCUAAGUGGAGAUCGUGUGUUGUAUAGUUUCUAACGUAGGGAUUACGAUUCACAUGUCAAGGAAGACAAAUGAAUGCAGACGCAGUGCAGGAAGAUGUUUCUGGUGAUACCCAACUUAACUAGUGAAUGUUCGAUAAAUACCGAUGUACGAAACGGAAAUCGCAGGAAACGAAAGCGUGAAAGCGAUACACUGGGUCUGGUUCCCAAUUUCUACUUUUCUUCCUCACUAGCGAAAUCUUAUCUAGUUAAAAGUUAUCAUAAACUGAAUUCAGAAUUCAACUCUCAGCUGUUGAUAUUCGCGUGAUAUUGUAUGAAACCGAUACAAAGAAUAGAACAAAAACCGCACUAACUUCCUCGUCACGUUGCUAUCAGAAUGCGACGUACCAAUAUAAUAAAAUUGUAAGUCGAACACGAAUUUACUUGUAAAUAGGUAUCCAACCGAUUGCUAUCUUUUUAACAGGAGGUUAAAUCAACAAAACCUUGUAAUCUUACAACAAACUAGUUCAAUAUUACACCAACAUAAUCGCAUUCAAUCACACUCCAUCACUUUCACAUGUAAAUCUAUUAGGUAAAGUCCGCAGAAACAACAAAACCCCACGCGUUCCCUUGUAAAACAAUGCCCCGAAUGAGUUGUGGAAGUAGACGCAUCCAGGAUGUAUAUUCUCACGUUUCCAAAACACAAAAUCACUAACAACUAACACAAAUAUACUUACACGUACACACAACUGAACAGAAAACCAAUAAAGAUUCGAACCAGUAUGGAAUUUAUUAGUCAACCAUGCGGCAGAGGUGAAGCGGUAGUAAAAGAAUAGGAAGAGAGACGAACAAGGAAUAGUAGAAAAGAAAGCAAAGUGGUCAAAUAAUUUUGAUAAGUUCAAUUUAAUAAGGAAAAUAUACCAAGUGAAUAUGUAAAUCUACCUUAUAUAUACCGGAUAAGAUAAAUAUAUAUUUAGAUAUUUUAUACUGAAAACAAGAAAAAGCGUCGAAAACUGAAGAGUGGUUCAGGCGACAAUGGAGAGAAACACGGCGAAUGAGGAAGAACUUUGAACAGGAAUGGAAUCGAACAACUGGAAUGGAAAUAGGAUAGAAACGAAACAUCGGAACUGAAUCGCCGAAUGGGAGUCAAUAACGGUAAGCUAAGGUAGUUUGAUCAGCAAUGCGAUAUUAUGAACCACAAAAUGCAUAGCAAAGAAAGGAAGACAAUGAAGAAAGCCAAGACAGAUUUGCGGCAGAGUAGUAGAGACGGGGGUAUUAGAAUGAACAAGAGAAAGAUGAUUAAUUUUGAAUAAAAAAGGUAUCUGUAAA